AUGGCGGCGCCGCCGGGUAUCCUCGAGGUGCGGUGUGCUGGGUGCGGCGAGACUCUGGAGGUGGAGCAUGGACUCACGGAGUUCGCCUGCCCCGGCUGCGGCAUGGCCCAGUCGCUCCCACCGGAGCUCAUGCCACCGCGCCCUCGCCGAGCGCUCCCGCUUCCUGGCCGGGUCGCCCCCUACGCCGCGCCCCCGGCGCCAGUGGCACCUGCGAGAGUAACCUGCGGUGGAUGCGGAUCUGUGCUCAGCGUGCCGCACGGCCCAGGGCGUUUCGCCUGCCCGCUCUGCGGCGCCGAGCUUGUCUCCUCCCCUCUUGCCGCCAUUCCAGUCGUGACCACACCUGCCGCCGUCCCAAUCUCUUCCACCCGGCUGCCGAAUCACAGACAGCACGUGCAGCAUGGGCCUUUGAAUCAAUCAGCUCGUGCAGGAAUUGUUGAAAAGCCCAUUCGUUCAGAGCAGUCUCAUGGACAACAUCCAAAGCAAUAUUUGAGAGAGGAGUCCUUCAGCUCAUUCAGAGCUGACUCGAGGACACAAGCUAAUGCAGUAGGUAGGCUACAAAAUGAGUCUCAUAGUCCUUUAGUCCACAGGGAGAAGUCACAUACUGAAGCAGUCCAAAGAACUAUCGCCAUGCCUGGCAAGAAGAAAUAUAGAUUUGUAUUUGGUCCAAAAUCUUGGCAAGAAGGAAAUGUACAGGAAGAACAUCUUAACCAGGUUGUCCGAGCAUCACAGGCACAAGUAAUACCUACAAAGUCUUCAGUUCAUGCAAACCAGACAGGAGGAGGGUUUCCCCAUGGCGUGAUUUCAAUGCACAACAAGCAGGCAACUGGACAUGUAGCUUCUCCUAGUGCUAUGGAGCAUGAGCAGAUAACUUCUCAGCAUCCAGUUGUCCAUGAGCAGCAAGCAGGUGAAAUUCCUAGUGACAUAGUUCAAUCUAACCAGGUUGUCCGCGCAUCACAGGCACAAGUAAUACCCAAAAUGUCUUCAGUUCAUGCAAGCCAGACAGAAGGAGGGUUUCCCUAUGACACGAUUCCAAUGCACAACAAGCAGGCAACUGAACAUGUGGCUGCUCCUAGUGCUAUGGAGCAUGAGCAGAUUACUUCUCAGCAUCCAGUUGUCCAUGAGCAGCAAGCAGGUGAAAUUCCUAGUGACACAGUUGAGCCUAACCAGGUUGUCAGUGCAUCACAGGCACAAGUAAUACCCGCAAAGUCUUCAGUUGAUGCAAACCAGAAAGGAGGGUUUCCCUAUGACACGAUUUCAAUGCACAACAAGCAGGCAACUGAACAUGUGGCUGCUCCUAGUGCUAUGGAGCAUGAGCAGAUAACUUCUCGGCAUCGAGUUGUCCAUGAGCAGCAAGGAGGUGAAAUUCUUAGUGACGCAGUUCAGGCAGAGCAGGAAAAGGUAGAUUCUGCCUGCAAACAAUCAAUCAAAAAUAAAACAAGCACAGAGAAUACUAAAGGAAAUCGUAGGAGGAAAAACAGAAAUUUGAUGAAUGAUCCAAAUGAGUGGUCUCAUCUUAGGCGCAGUAAGCGCCUAUCGAAGGGGUCACCAGACUUUAUUGAUAUUGAGCCUAUCCAGAGGUUAGAUGCUUCCCCACUUCAAAAUCAUUCAGAAGCUCCACAGAUUGAGAGUACUAUUGCUGAUCCUGCUUCUAGCUCACCGACCCGAUACCAAUGUCCUCAAGCUGGCUGCAUUGAGCUAGAUAACAUCGAUGUAACUCCAGCACCCACUUUGAGUCAUGGUGCGCUACAAGCUGAGCAGUCUCCACACUGCUACAGUCAAACUUACUCUCCAGAGACUAGGUGGGUGCUUCUUAAUCCCAGCUCUAAUUCAUGGCAUGAGCAUGAGAUUCCUCAAAAGAGCUUUAAUGCGAUUGACCAGCUUGAUAAAAGUGAUGAUGAGGUAUGUUUGAAUCCAUCUGAGAAUCAAAAUCAUAUAGAUGGUCAACUGGCAGAAGCAGCUUGCAAUGGCAAGAACUACUCAGAGCAGGUACAAGUCAAGCCUCCCAGCAAGAAGUUUGCAGAUCAUGGCAGGCAGAUGAACUUGGCUGCUUCAUGCAGCCGCCUUGCCGCCAUGUUGCCAGUUCCAGCUGCCACUACGUCCACCAUCUCCUCGCUUCCUUCACUUGAAAAGCUACCACUUGAGUGCAGCAGUCCAACAAUGCCGCAGCACCAACCACGAACCGCCAUCUACUCCCAGGAGGCGCAAUGUGAUGAUAUGCAAUCAGGAUCUCUUAGCAAGUCAUCCAAAAAGCGCAGAGGGCGUCCCCCUACUCUGCUAAUGGAACCACGCAUUGAAGCUGAUAGGCCUGUGCUGACGCCCAAUGGUACAGACUGGAGUGUACACCCACCAGGUCCUAAGGUAGUAACUACCCUCUCCCUUCUUAUCAAGCAGAACUAUCCUGGGACCUGUAUUUCAGUGGAUAGCGAUGGAAGAUCUUGUGAGGUAGUGGUUCACUAUUGGCACCAAUAUCCUCCAGAUGUGAGGGCUACCGUGUUGGCUGAAUUCCUUAAACGCUACAAGUGGUCCCCUGGACAGGAAGAGGAGUGCGAAAAGAUCUUUGAGCGCAAAGCAAUUAGACAGUUAGUUAACCUCUUUUGCUAUGAGAAGCAGAGGAUUAGAGAGGAGUUGGCAGCAAAUAGGUCCAAAAAAUCUUCGACAGUUGGUAGGGCCAGUGGAGAAAUGGCAUUAGAAAAGGGAGAUGGUACAGAGGUACGACUGGGAGAUGAGUCUGUUGUGUUGUUGGAGCAUGAUGAUCCGCGGAGUUGGAAACCAUUUGUCCCUGACUGGCUGCAACCCAUAUGGUGGGAAAUGUUGUGUGACCAUUGGGCCAAAGAUGAAUUUAUGAAGGUUUCUUACCAAAAGAGGAAGAACCGGAAUGCAGGAAGCCACCCGUGUGAUGCUGAAGGCUCACGAAGUACAAUAACACGUCAACAGGAUAUGACAUAUCAGGAUACUGAGGAGGCCAGUGAUACUCCUCUAGGCCCCCAUCCUGUGCAGGAGCAGGUGGGGAGCUCGAAGCGUGGGAGGCUCAGUGGUACUCCUGCUGUUAGCAAGGAGGCCCAGACUGAUUUGUCGUCAAGAUCCUCCCCAGAUUGUUUGAACAAACAGGGACAACAGCCAAGAUUCACGCGGGACCAGGUGCAGCAGAUGAUUAAUCAAGCUCUACAAGGACUAAAUGAGACCUGGGAGAAGAAGUUCCUGUCCUUGGAGCAAAACAUGCACAUCAUGUCCUCAUCACGUGUUGUUCCCGCCGGUGGUAAGAGACCAGUGGUGGCUGCUGCUGCAAGGGACAAGCAAUGCCAGCUUGCACGACAGGAUACAUUAGACUCCGUAGAGGGAGAGAAGGAUGUGGAUGCGAGAGACGAGGACGGCGAGAACCAGGGUGGGCACUGGAGGUGACACGACGUGAGAGCUUGCUGCGCUCAUCUGCAUGUAGCUCCAAGGUGUACAUAAUGUGCAAUUUUGUUGACUCGGAUUAUGCGCCGCUGGUUUUACCCAAUUUAUGGCUAUUUAUCGAAGUAACGCGGAAUCCUGUCCUCUGAA